AGGAAGUAAGCCGCUUUUUAUUUCAUGCAGGGAAUUGCUGUUUCAUUAUCCAGAUGUUCUUGCUGCUCCUGGAGAACAUAAAGAAGUUAUCAUAAUAAUGCCCAUACCGUUUUACAAAAUAGGAAAUAUUCAGGCAUUCGUUCAAAAACACGGAGGAAAGAUGGAUGUUCCACAAAGAGUGAUCCCUGCAGUCCUGCAAAUGUGCUUGUCCUUUACCUUGGUGGCAAGGCUUGCUCCUGACUGGAACAAAGCAGGACACUUACUUAUUCAUGGGAAGAACUUUUUGGGGAAAGAAGAAAAACAGAAUGCAGUUGUUUUGGAGCUGAAUGUUUCAGAGACCCAAUUGUGCGUUAGUGUGGAAGCUUCCACUAUUCGACUGACCCUGGCUAAGGUUGAAGAUUUUGACAUAUCAAUUGGAGUGCUAAAGAAUUUUUGCAGCAAGAGGAUUGCUGUAUUACCAAAACAUUUUAUUGGAAGUAAUUGGUGCUAUGUGUUGCCCAGUAUGAAGAAGGGGCAAAUUGUCAGCAUCAGCCAUGAGAUUCCACCAUACUGUCCUUUUCAAUCCUAUGGAGAUUUUCAGAAGCAUUGGACAAAUAUGUAUGGUUAUAAUCUCCCAGAGAUUAAAAGUGACAGUGCUCUGUACUACACUGUAUACUUCAAAUUGAUUGGAGAGAAACUGUUUACCUACCCUUCUUGUUGUAUUAGAAGUGAACCUGUUCAGUUCUUCCCAAGGGUGGAUUUGGAAUCGGUUCUAACAUCCUUCUUUUCCGACUUUAAGAAAACCUUCCCUAGUCUCUGUGGAUCGCCAAUAAAAAUAACCAGCAAACCUUACUAUACUACCAACGAGCUGAAUGUUUCUCAGGUAAAAACUCCAAAGAAUGUCCAAGAGCAGGAAUGCAGAAAUAAAGAAGAGGAUUUAUUUGAGGAAGCACAAAAGCAAAAGUCAAGUAUGUAUAUAAGUGUGGGAAAACCAAAUACCAAUCAGAUUCAGAAUUCAUAUUCAGAUACAGUGAAAAACAUGUGCAAGGAUACUCUGCUUCUUCAGUCAAACAUAAGAAUACUAAAGCCUGGAGCCACACAACUUGGAAGUUUUCAAGAAAAAUGCAUGAGAAAUACACAAUUUAGAGACGAAAAUGCAAUUGGUAUUACAAGUUUUGAUGGAACAUGUACUAAAUGGAUUGACAACCCAAUGGAACAUCAACACAAACAAGUACUAGAUAUGUUUGAUACAAGGAAGCAAUUUAACCAUGAAAAGCAAACACAUUUUCACGAUCUCAGUUCAAAAUCUUUGACAGGAAGGAAUUUUUCAGAUAAAGGAACAGAAAAACGGAAAUGUGAAGAGAAGGCUACAGAUUCAAAACCAAAGAAACCCAAGGCCAAACCAGUUAUCCAGGAUGUUGAUGUGGAAAAGCAUGCAAAAAAUAAUCAGCUAUCUAAACUAAAUACUGUCACUCUCCACUCUUGGCUGAAAUGUCGUGGUGUUUCUGUGAAAACAAGGGACAAGAAAGAGCAGCUGGUUUCCAAAAUCAUGGAAUUUAUCAAAGGGCUCUACAGGUCCGCCACCAAUUUUCUGGCAUCCUUGGUUCCAGAGGUCUCGGCUUCUGAGAGGAAUCAGCGGUACUGGAACAGUCUGCCUAGGCGAGGCGAGGAGCAGAGAAACCGGCAGACCGUGAGGGCAGAUGUCGAAAAGGGAUGGCGCUCGCUCACCUUCUACUGGAAGGUGCACAAACAUGGUCGAGGGCGGCUCUUGCUGUGGGGUCGGUGGCACCCCGGCUGUGGGUCGGGACGGAGUGGCCCGCGGGAGCAGUCGACGCUUCGGCUGUGGCCGAUCCCGAGGCAUGCCGAGGGGUGCAAGGAGACCAAAGCAAAAGCCGCAGAACAGACGAGAGAUAGACCAGUCACGUUGACCAGCAGGGGAUCGUGA